GCUAUACUCCAUUAAAGCACCUCGAGUCUUCCAAAACUGUUAUCUGGUCGGGUUGGGCAAAAUCCUACUAGAGAAGAGCAUAAAGAACAUAUCUGAUCAACCCGACCCAUUAUAACCUCUUUGUUGGCCGCGUAAUGUUCGCACGCGGCCAUCAGACAAAGGACAUACAUAAAAAAUUUACAAGAUUGAAAGCCCUUAGCUUUGAUAAACUCUUCUUAAAAGAGGUAACAAAACCAAAAAGAAGAACCCUUAAUCUUCAUUUACAAGCCACCUCUUCGUAACACAUUAGCUUCCGAUCAUUCUGCUUUAUAUACACAACGAGUGAAAACCAAAAAAGAAAUGGUGAGAAGAAGAGAAGGCCUUACAUUGCCAAUCUUACGAUCAACGUCUCCAGAGGUCAAAACAACAACAACAACAACAACAACACCGGUGGCCUCACAGAAACCAAAACAACGGUUAUCAAAGCAGCUCUCUAUGUGUGAAACACCAAGAGACGUUGCUUGGGAAAGAAGAAGACGUCAGAUGAUAAUGAUUCAAGAAAAGAAGCUGCUUCAUAAAGGCAUUUCAGAUAAUCUUAGUGUACAAAUGAAACUAACGGAUGAGGAUUUAAACGAGCUAAAGGGGUCGAUUGAGCUAGGUUUCGGUUUCAAUGAAGAAGCAGGACAAAAGCUAUGCAAUACAUUACCAGCUCUUGAUCUUUACUUUGCAGUGAAUCGUCAGGUCUCACCUCUCCCUUCACCUAGCAGCAGCCGUAGCAGCAGCGUAUCUGCAUCAACCUUUUCGAACAGUAUACCGUGUAGUCCCAAAAAAACUGAUUCAGAUUCAUUAAAGAUCUUAUGCCCAGGGGAUGAUCCUCAACAAAUGAAGCAGAGAUUGAGACACUGGGCACAAGCAGUAGCAUGCUCUGUUAUGCAGUCUUAUUGAUGAGUGUAUAUGUGAUUGUAAGCUUCAAUAUUUUCUUUUGAGAGAUAGGAAACAUAAAUCCUUUAUAAUUAGGAUCCUCAAAAUAGAAAAUUUUGAAAGAAAAACAAAAAAAAAAGAAAAAGAAGAUUAUGGCUUUGUAUAUACUCUGUAAAGGGAACACAAGAUGAGAACGAAAAAAACCUCUUGUUCAUAAGCUGUAUACAAAAAAAAAACGAUUACACUAUGAUCUUGUUUUAUUUGUCAAAGAUUACAAUAUGAUCUUGUUUUAUUUGUCAAAGAUUACAAUAUGAUCUUGAAUUGGAUAAAUAAAAUGUAA